CUGUGCUCAACUGUGCUGGUUAACCUAUCUCUAGUGGAAUAAAACAGUGAAGUAGUUCAAAUAUCUUGUGUUUAUUAUUUGUAGUAUAAUUUUAAUAACUUGGACAAUAUGCCAACGAUAUCCGUUAAACGUGAUUCGCUAUUCGCGGCACUUGGAAAGACUUACACUGAUGAUGAGUUCCAAGGCCUAUGUUUUGAGUUUGGAUUAGAACUUGACGAAGUCACAACAGAGAAGCAGAUGUUAAUGAAAGAGCAAGGCGACCAGGCAGGAGCCGGUGUGUCAGAAGAAGUCCUCUACCGCAUAGACAUCCCGGCUAACAGAUAUGACCUUCUGUGUCUUGAGGGACUGGUCAAUGGUUUGCUGGUGUUCCAAAAAAAAAAAGAAUCACCUCAAUACCACUUGACGAAAUACGAGGACUGUCACUCGCUGCACCUGACGCCGAGCACCGCACAGAUCCGGCCUUACGCCGUGGCCGCCGUGCUCAAGGGCAUUCACUUCACCAAGGCGUCCUACGACAGCUUCAUUGACUUGCAGGACAAAUUGCACCAGAACAUCUGCCGCAAGCGAACUCUGGUGGCCAUCGGCACUCACGACCUGGACACCAUACAAGGGCCGUUCGUGUACGACGCGCUACCACCAGCUGAUAUCAAGUUCAAGGCACUCAACCAACAGAAGGAGAUGACAGCGACUGAGUUAAUGGAGUUGUAUUCCAGCCACGCUCAGCUGAAGCAGUAUCUACCCAUCAUCCGCGACAGCCCGGUGUACCCGGUCAUCAAAGACAAGCACGGCGUGGUGUUGUCCAUGCCGCCCAUCAUCAACGGCGAUCACUCCAAGAUCACGCUCAACACCAAGAAUGUCUUCAUCGAGUGCACCGCCACGGACUUGACUAAGGCUAAAGUGGUACUGGACACCAUAGUGUGCUUAUUCGCUCCCUACUGCAAGUUCCAAGUGCAGCAGUGCAAGGUGUAUGCACCCGAUGGCACCUACGAGCUCUACCCAAAGAUGGAGACGAGAGAAGAAACCAUUAGUGUGGAUAAAGCUAAUAAUUAUAUUGGUAUCAGUGAGAGCGGCGACAAGCUAGCGGCGCUUCUGUCGCGCAUGUGUCUGCCCACCACGCACGAGCCCGAGCCGGCGCUGCUGCACGUCAGCGUGCCGCCCUCCCGCCACGACGUCAUCCACGCCUGCGACUUGUACGAGGACAUCGCCAUCGCUUACGGGUACAACAACAUCCCGCGACGGGCGCUGCACGUGAGCACGGCGGGCGGCCAGGCCGCGCUCAACAAGCUCGCCGAGCAGCUGCGGCACGAGUGCGCGCACGCCGGCUACACCGAGGCGCUCACCUUCACCCUGUGUUCCCGAGAAGACAUCUCAACGAAACUCGGCAUCCCCAUCGAGCAGGCCUCAGCCGUCCACAUCUCCAACCCCAAGACCCUGGAGUUCCAGGUGGUCCGCACCCAACUCCUGCCUGGCCUGCUGAAGACACUCGCCGCCAACAAGAAGAUGCCCCUCCCGCUCAAACUGUUCGAAAUCAGUGACGUUGUGCUACAAGAUACUGACGCUGAAACGGGUGCCCGUAACGAGAGAAGGCUGUGCGCGGUGCACUGCGGCAAGAGCGCCGGGUUCCAGUUCGUGCACGGGCUGCUGGACCGCGCCAUGCUGCUGCUGCGCGUGCCGCACGGCGAGGGCUACAGGCUGCGACCCGCGGAAGACCCCGCAUACUUCCCCGGGCGCUGCGCCGAAGUAGUACUUCAAUCUACCGUGAUCGGCCGCAUCGGCGUGCUGCACCCCUCCGUGCUGGCCGCCUUCGACCUCACCAACCCCUGCUCCGCACUAGAAAUUAACCUAGAGCCUUUCCUCUGAGCCGCCUACUACAUGGCUGGCAACCAAGCUUCCUAGCUAGCUAGCUAUAGUUAGUAGGGGCUUGUGUGCAGAGUGGACGCUCGAGCGGUGCGUGCGGUGCGGCCAUGUUAAACAAAUGUAAACGUAUGCUCUCUCAGUGCAGGCUACUCAAAUCCCUUAGACUUCUACGCUGCACGCCCCGUUGAUCGCUCGCGAGUUAGACCAUAGGUAAACUAAUUGAACGAUGCUUUAAUGGGGUCCUCAAAACUCUUAGGGUGGUAUUCCAUUUGUCCAAUAUCUUGGUCCAAUGUCAUUGCAUCUCAAUCUCUCAUUAAGGGUGGUAUUCCAUCUGUCCAAUAUAUUGGUCCAAUGUGUAGUUGCAUUUCAUUCUCACGUUUUACUUAAAGAUAGAGCUAGACGUAAUGCACAUUGGACAAAGAUUUUGGACAGGUGGAACCACCCUAAGCAAAAUGUGAGACAAAUACAAAUACACUUGUAAAUUCGUACGUAAGUGUGACAGGGAGGCAACACGUCAAACGUGAUUCGCGGUAGCCCCUCAGUACAUGACGCGGCUACUAAUGCAAUACGGCGGCUAAUGGCAUUUAUUAGUGCAAUGGGUAUGGAUUUGUUCCAUAAUGAUGGAUGUUUUCUAUAAAUAUAUCACUAGUAAAUGUUAAGGCGAAGUGUAAUGAUAUUUUAUUUGUGUUAGGACUGUCCUACUAGCAUCGUCUAAAUAAGUUGUAACUUAUAUUUAUAACUGUUAUCAUUAAAUCGUUAUUUAUAAGUCUUUGUUUUGAUUUGACACUUCCCUAAUGAAUCACCCGUUUUUCAUUUUCGGUUAUCAUUUGUAUGCAGAUUAUCAGGCCAAUACGUGGGUUAAAUGGAUGAUGACUUCC